AUGCCCAAUAGCAAAGAGUUUGUGUAUUGUGCUGAUAUUGAAAACAGCUGUAAAGAAUCCAAAUGUCAAAAAAUCCACUUAGAAGAUUAUUUAGAACUAACAAAAAAAAUAUUUUGGAAAAAUCAAAAACCGAUUAUUUCAACCAUUAACAACAAUUAUCCCUAUCCAUAUAGUCCUGAGACUCCGAGAACAAAAAUUUCAAUAUCUAAGUUUACUCCACACUUUUAUGGUAUUAUUAUUGAAGAUCAUUUCAAAUUUAUCAAAAAUGGUAAAACCGAACCUGACUGGGUUUUAAUGAAAGUUGGUUCAACAAGUAGAUUAGAUAAAAAUAAAAGGGUGACCGAAGUAGGAAAUCAAAUUAAGAAAAAUUUAAAAAUAGAUACAGAUGGUCUUAAAACCGAAUUCAAUAUACCCAUAGAUGCACUUAACUUUAACUACCCAACUGAAGUCGAAGAUAAAUUAAGAGAAAAAUUGGGUUUUAUAAUUUCCCCAGAUACCGCCAAAUCACUAAAUUUACCUGUUCCAACGGAGUGGAUCCUUUUUAAUAAAAACUUAAAAAAAAAUUUUCUUAUUUUAGAUUUACCAAAUUUAAAUUCAAAAGUUGAAUCUAGAGAGUUAGUUCUUUCAGAAGAUCAAAGUGAAAUUGAUAUCAAUGGAACCAUUCUGCAAGAAAUUUCUGAUGUAAGGACAACUGUAAACAAUUUUUUGGUUAAAAAGGAGACAGAGUUAGGAAAUUUAAAAAAAACUUUGCAAGAAAGUUUGGAAGGGGAAAAAAAAGAUUCUCAUCCAGACAAUCAAACUGAAAUUGAUCUCAAUGAAGAGUUAGAGCUUUUAAAAAAGAAAAUAGAAGAUUCCCAAAAAUCUUUUAAAAUGUUAAAAAAACAAUUCGAUAUAAUAGAAACUUUAUUUUCAAAAAAAAAAUUAACUUUAGAAGAUUGCUUUUUAUUUAUUGAAACCUCCAAUAGACUCUCUUUAAGAAGCAUUAGGGAUAGUGGUGUUAGAAAAAGUGCUUCUUUUCCAAAAGAUGGACUAUUAUUAAAAAUAAAAGAUAAAACAUUUAAAUUAACUCUAGUAAAAUCUCAAAUCAUCGGAGAAGAAGAGACAAAGCCAAAAGAAGAGACAAAACCAAAAGAAGAGACAAAGCCAAAAGAAGAGACAAAGCCAAAAGAGGAGAUCAAUGCAAAAGAAGGGGCCAAGGCAAAAGAGGAGACCAAAGCAAAAGAAGGAACCAAAGGAAAAGAAGAGACCAAGGCAAAAAAAGGGACAAAAGCAAAAGAAGAAAAGAGCACAAAAAAAAAUUAA